AUGGGCUCUUCAGUUGCUGUGUACAAAAAGUGGAUUCCAAAUACAAAUUUUGAAAAUGCUGCUAACUGGGAUCAAAACCGAGUUCCAUGUGCUAAGGAUGCUGUUCUUUUUGGGAGUAGUAAGAUUGUAUCAGUUUUUGUCCAGGCAUCCCACUCUUUGACAGACAUAUACCUUCCGUUGAAUGGAGAAUUCAUUAUGGCCCCCGCUGCUGGGUUUGCAGCUUUCUACGGCAAUUACAGUCCAGGAUGUGAGACAGCUUCAGAAAUCACAUUUAAAAGUACAGACAAUUAUGAAUGGCAUGAUCCUACAUUAUGGCAUGCUGCAACCUCUUUGGAAAACUUAGAUCUGGACAAAUACAUUUUCCUUGUGGAUGAAGAACGAGUUCCCUGCCAGUAUGACGAUGUUAUUUUUCAGCCUGAAACCUCCUUCCGAGUGAACAUCACCUCUGAGCAAAUGAUACAGUUUAAGAGCAUUUCAAUCAUGGGGCAGAACUUCACCAGAGACAGUACCCUGGCAGAAUACAUGCAGAGCUCUACUGCAAAACUUCAGUUCCAUGGACAAGGGACACUCCGGUUGUCACAUACCAGAUGUCCAGACAAAUCUGGCUGUGAAUGUGGAAACUCAGCAACCCAUGAAAGAAUCUGUGCCACCUUGCUCCAGAAGUCCAGGAAUCAAUGUCCAAUGAUUACAUGCAAAGACGCAAUAAAGCCUACUGGUCAUUGCUGUGAAAUAUGUGGGGUCAUCAUUACCUUAACAUACUCUGCUGAUUUUGACAUUGAACUCUAUCGAGACAGAAUAUUCCAUACUUUUCUGAAUCUGCCCAGGAAUAAAGGUAUUCAGAUGGCCAUGUCCAAGAGGAAAAAAUUGCAGACUCCCUUGAAAAUUGUGCCACGUGGCUUAGACUCAAUCAUCCAGAUUGUGCUAAUUGACAAUAAAACAGGACCCUAUGCUGGCACUCAUGCUGAACAGCUGGCUAAUGACAUCCUGAAGGAUAUAGCAGACCAUGGAAAAUUCUUUGGCAUUGUGACAGCCAACCUACAAGUAGCCACUGGCAACAACUGGAGUGCUCAAGGAAUUAGCAGCUAUCUUGGCCCUACGAUCACUGGGAUUGUCAUAGGAAUCUUCCUUCUCCUGCUUUUCCUGGGAAUUAGUCUUCUUCUUUAUAAAAAUGAUGCAUUAAGAUCUCUUUCCUCUCUGAAUUUUUCCUCUGUGUGGAACCAAAAAAGGGAUCAAGAAGAUUUUGGUGGGACAACUGAGGAAGGGUUUGAUAAUCCCAUGUUUGACACACCAAGUAACCCAAGUGUUUUAGCCAAUAGACAUUCUGUGGAGGAAACUCAAGAUGAGGUGGCAAACAGAAAUAGCAGACUUUAUUACAUUAACCCUUUAUAUGAUGAAAUAGAACUUAAUGUUUAAGUCAUGCAU